AUGCAGAGUAAUGCUGUCGCGCGGCGCACUCAAUUUUCCAGCUGUGAUGAGUGUCGUCGCUCCAGAGUGGGUUGCGAUGCACUGAGCCGAAGCAAUGAAACAGGCGAUUCCUCCGCUUCCUGCACCAGGUGUUUGAACCGAAAUCAGCAGUGCACGUUUAAAUGGAUGAAGGAGAAAGGAGCCGAACCAAAGCGCGCACCAUUGGGGAGACGCAAGCUUCGUCGGCAAUCUGAAGCGUCCACUGGAGGGGGUCCGAAUAUCCUCAACGACAGAUUAGAUGAUCGACUACCUUCGUCUCCUCGUGAUGCCUGGGACCCGGUCAAACCUAGACAACUUACUGCUCCUUCUCCUGCAACUACGGAUUCAACGUCCUCUGCUUCGGACCUGCUGAGCCACACUGAGAGCAGUUGGCUGCAGGUUAUUUACCGAGACGGAUUUGACGCUGUGUUUGGCUCUUGGAUGGGGAGAGAUGGCUGUCCUUUUCUCUUCGCUGAGCACAGCCUGGCAGGGAAGCAUGUGAAUAUUGCAGACGUCUGUGGUCGGCUCGAUCAAUGGGUAGCCGAGAACUCGGACGAUGAAAAGAACAAUCCAAUCCGCGCUCCUGUUCGCGAACCGAGAGUCAAUGAUAGGCUGAUUGAUCAGUCAAUGCGCAGCACGAUUGCUGCAUUCUCAGCCCGUUGGCUGUACAUCACUGGUAAAGGCUCGCAGCCUGAACCGCUGCACUACCAAAACAUUGUCCUUGCACUUUGGCGGACCGCCCGCCGUGAUAUGCUUCGAGUCAUUAACCGGCCGUCAUAUAGGUCCAUGCUUUCUUUGUUUUUGUUUGCAUUAACCCCGAUACCCAGCGGCAUAUCAGAGGAGGAGGAAAUUGACGGCAUCUCGGGACAAGCGUGCGUCCAUGCGGCCUUGCAACAGAUACAAACACUACGAGCAAGACAGCGAAAUUUGCAGUUCAGUGGAUCAAAGGUGUCACCAUCUACAGUCAAGUCAAAGUCAAUAGUGGCAAGUCCCGAAUCUAUUGGCAGCUCAGACUUUAUUGCCGCAGAAAGCAUCGCAUACUGGGCUGCAUUAACUUUUGAUACCUCGGCGUCGUUGACGUUGAAUUGUCGCUCAUUACUGUCUUCUGGCCUUUUCGGAUUCGAAGCUGAACUCCCUUGGAGGUUGAUACGGACUGGCGCUAAAAUGUUUUACGAGAUGACCAAAACUUGGAGAGCUGACGGGGUCAUUGACAUGACAGACGAGCGAGCGAACCAGAUUAUUGCGAGCGGAACUGCGUGGAAACUCCUUGCUUGGAAGCUGACGUCGGUGUUUAAGGAGGCCCUUCGUGACGGACAUAAUGAAUCGGAAGUCAGCAGGGCGUUCGGUUUUGUCACAGACGCAAUUCAACAAUUUAACGACGUCUACCGGCGGCCGUUGGAGGCGUGUCAGAGGCGAAUGCAUUUUCUUGGACAGCAAACAAAACUUCGGUGGUAUUCUUUGAUGCUGCAUUACCAUCUCAGCAUAUUGAUGUUGAUUGACAUUAUUGAAGCCACGGAACGAUACGACUUGCUGGCUGGCUUAACGGAGACUAAUUCUGACGCGGAAAAUGCCGUCGUUAAUGCACUGGUCUUUGGGCUUCAAAAUUCCUUCACCAUGGCUAUCCCUUCCGUGUCAAGCCCACGCGACGCCGAGGAAACAUUUGAGGCAUCCUUCACCGUACCCAUCAUAUCUAUCGACCCAUAUCCACAUCAUGUCGUUGCUAGUGUCCAGCUUAUUCGCAAAGCUAUUGACAGGGACCUGAAACAAGGAAAAAUUUCUGAAGAAUCGCAUGCAAAUCUUCACGCUACCUUGGAGGCGGCGUUGAGUCACCUCCCCCAAUGUUCCAAGUCUGUGCAAGCAGCUCGGAACCGGUUUUCUGAAAAGGGGUCGCCGGAUGCGAUAUUCUCCCGCCAAGAUCCAUGA